CACCCACAGCCAGUCAGCCACCAUGCAGCACUCCUCGCCCUUCCUCUCGCUCCUCCUCCUCCUCGCCGCCUCGCCACUCCUUGCCGCCGCAGAAACGAUCUACUGCUUCGGUGGAGUACACAACACCAACAGCACCUACGGGGCCAACCUCCGCCGCCUGGCCGCCGUCCUGCCGUCCAAGACCGCCUCCUCCCAAGGCCUCCGGGCGUCCGGUGACGUGGGGUACUGGCCUAACCGGGUGCGAGCCUCCUCCAGCUGCGAGCCUCCUAGCGUCAACUCCUCGUCCUGUGCCGCCUGCGUCGCCGCCGCCUUCCGGGAGGCGGAGAGCGCGUGCCCGUACGGCAGGAAGGUGCUCGUCUUGGCCGGCAACUGCACUCUCCGACUCGGCCUUGGCCAUUUUUCUAGAUCUCUCGGCUUGGGUGAGGGUGGGUUCUCUGGCAUCUCUUCUCAAGAAGAUGGAAGCACUAUCUAUUUAUAUGCCACAGGCGACAACAGUUGGUUUCGCCUCUUGGGUCCGACGACACUGAUAUUUCAAGCAAUUGGAUUUGCAUGGCUUUUCUUCAUGCUUCUGCAAGAAUGGCGUGAUAAAAGAAGAGCCUCCAUGAUGCAUUGUAGCUCUCUUCCAUCUGGAGAUCAGUAGCUGAUAGAUUUGGUCAGACUACUGGACAUCAGCAUAUUCCCAACAAGAGGCAACACUAAAAUCGAACUCUAAAGCAACAGUGACAUGACUACCUGAAUCGUGAUUUGAUGGUUUUUUCUUUUUGGUGGGAGUGGUUUAAUAUUGUCCUCCAAUUUGAAUGUUCGCAUUGGUUACGAAUAAUUUGCAAGGUCCACUUCAUUCGUUGUGUUGCUUUCA